UAUCAGCAAAAGGCACAAUAUAUAUAUUUAAUAAUUUCAUAAGCCUGUCCUUAGAACCACCCUACUUCUUUCUUCUUCCGUCGGCGACUUUGUAGCUCAGCUCGGCGGCGCCUGCCGUAAUCGCCUCCGUUGGCUUCAUUUCCGGUCCGUCCGUGCGUCGGUCCUAGUAGAUAAAGGGACUGGGGUGGUUAUUUUGAUUAGCUUACAUGGACCUGCAAGCACAACAGUUGGAGCUCCUCCAUAGGUUAAAUGAGCCAAUGCCUGUGAUCUUAAAGCUCCUCCUGUAGACUUAGACAAAUUAUCUGGCUGUGCCUACGGUUGAGUUGAGGAUAUGGCUGGUGCUGAGGCAAAAAAGUCAAAGGGCAAUGCAAGCACUGGGGGAAGAAAGAAGGAAGUGAAGAAAGAGACUGGUUUAGGCCUCUCCAAUAAGAAAGAUGAUAAUUUUGGUGAGUGGUACUCAGAGGUUGUUGUCAGUGGUGAAAUGAUUGAAUACUAUGAUAUUUCUGGCUGUUAUAUUUUGAGGCCAUGGACUAUGGCAAUCUGGGAGAUAAUGCAGGCUUUCUUUGAUGCAGAGAUUAAGAAGAUGAAGAUUAAGAACUGCUACUUCCCUGUUUUUGUAUCUCCUAGUGUUUUGCAGAGGGAGAAGGAUCACGUUGAGGGUUUUGCUCCAGAGGUUGCAUGGGUCACAAAAUCUGGAGAAACAGAUUUGGAAGUGCCUGUUGCAAUUCGCCCAACUAGUGAGACUGCUAUGUAUCCCUAUUAUUCUAAGUGGAUAAGGGGACACCGGGACUUGCCUUUGAAAUUAAACCAGUGGUGCAAUGUCGUUCGGUGGGAGUUUAGUCAUCCAACUCCAUUUAUCAGGAGUCGUGAGUUCCUUUGGCAGGAAGGGCAUACUGCUUUUGCAACCAAGGUGGAGGCAGAUGCAGAGGUCCUAGAAAUAUUGGAAUUGUAUAGGCGUAUAUAUGAAGAAUUCUUGGCACUUCCUGUUAUAAAGGGCAAGAAGAGUGAGCUGGAGAAGUUUGCUGGUGGACUUUACACAACAAGUGUUGAGGCUUUUGUUCCGAACACUGGUCGUGGUAUACAAGGUGCAACCUCCCAUUGUUUGGGCCAGAACUUUGCAAAGAUGUUUGAGAUAAACUUUGAAAAUGAGAAGGGAGAAAAGGCUAUGGUCUGGCAGAAUUCUUGGGCCUACAGUACUAGAACGAUUGGGGUGAUGGUGAUGGUUCAUGGAGACGACAAAGGCCUGGUUCUGCCACCUAAAGUAGCAUCUGUCCAAGUAAUUGUUGUUCCUGUGCCUUACAAAGAUGCUGACACUUGGGCAAUCUUUGAUGCCUGCACUGCCACUGUGAAUACUUUGAGUGACGCAGGAUUUCGUGCUGAAGCUGACCUCAGAGAUAACUAUUCUCCUGGUUGGAAGUACUCGCAUUGGGAAAUGAAAGGUGUUCCUCUGAGGAUUGAAAUUGGGCCAAGGGACUUGGCUAAUCGUCAGGUACGUGCUGUUCGUCGUGACAAUUCGGCUAAAAUUGAUAUACCUAUGGACAAUUUGACCGAGCAAGUAAAAGAAAUGUUGAAUAAUAUUCAACAAAGCCUGUUUGAUGCUGCAAAACAAAAACGAGAUGCUUGCAUUAGGAUUGUAAAAUCCUGGGAUGACUUUAUGGAAGCGCUUAGUCAAAAGAAAUUGAUUUUAGCUCCUUGGUGUGAUGAGGAGGAGGUGGAGAAGGAUGUGAAAACACGAACAAAGGGUGAGAUGGGUGCUGCAAAGACCCUGUGCUCUCCAUUUGACCAGCCAGAACUCCCUGAAGGAACUAUUUGCUUUGCCUCGGGAAAACCUGCGAAGAAGUGGACCUACUGGGGCAGGAGUUAUUAAUUAUUGGAUUACUAAUUACAUAUAGUUGUGAUGAGGAAGCAUACAAUUAUGUUUCUAAGGGUAGCCCCAUUAUAGAAUCAUGAUUGAUUUUUACAGUUUGUGGUUUUUUACAUUUGCUUUAGAUGGAAACAGUGUUCCAUAUGACAAUAGGUGUUAAAAGGUUUGUAUGCUGCUUGAUUGUUGUAAAAUUUUGACAUUAUGUGUGGAAAAAAGUAACGGAUUUUUGAAAAAAUUAUUUGAAUUGUGGGGUAGAGCAAUUUAGAUUAGCUAUGAGCAUGAAGGCUUUUGAAAG